AUCCGCCUGCAGGGGCCCAGACGACGUCGUUUUAGGGCUGUUUGGGCUCUAGGGGUCUAGGGCUGUGAUUCUCUUGGAAAAGCAAUUUUUUUGAUAAUAAAGCCGAAAAAUGAAGAGGAAGUUGGAAGAAGAGGACAUGGAGAUCGUCUGGCAAACCCCAGCCAACCCUCCACACCGACUAGAUUACAUCUUUCGCAACGGGAGGCGCCAUGUGAGACCCUACUACUUCGAGUUCAUCGCUCAUGUUAAGAAUCGCUGGGCGGGGAAGACCAUCGUUGACUUGUUCACUGAUGAGUUUAAAGGCCGGUCUCAUGAUUACUAUGUUAGUGCAGUGAAAUGUGGAAGGAUACGAGUUGAUGGAGAGAUGGUGCCAGUUUCCUACAUAGUUAAAACGUCAGAGAAGAUAAGCCACUUCCUGCACAGGCAUGAACCACCAGUGUUGACUUCGGAUGUGUUGAUUCUCCAAAAAGAACCCGAUGUGGUUACCGUUUGUAAACCUGCAUCUAUUCCGGUGCAUCCGUGUGGUCAAUAUCGUAAGAAUACCGUUGUUGGCAUCCUUGAGGCGGAGCAUGGCUUGGCACCUCUAUUUCCGGUCCAUCGAUUAGAUCGUCUUGUCUCAGGACUCCUUAUCUUGGCCAGAAGUGCUUCAAAAGCUGACUUUUUUAGGCAACAGAUUGAGGGAGGGAUGAUCAAGAAACAGUACAUUGCAAGAGUUGCUGGGGAAUUUCCUGAGCAAGAGCAAGUUGUAGAUGCUAACAUAAAUCAUAAUGCUCGAGAACAAAGGAGCACAGCAGAGGUUGGUGCUUGUGGUGAUACUACUCCCAUAAAGGGGAAGACUGCUUGUACAAAGUUUACUAGACUCAGUACUAAUGGAGUUCAUAGCCUUGUCUUGUGUGAACCGGUCACUGGCCGAACUCAUCAGAUACGUGUACAUUUGCAACAUGCAGGCUAUCCAAUAGCCAAUGACUUGCUUUACCUGUCCAAACAUGUUCAUGAUCGCUCAGCAUCGAUCCCGGCAUCCGAUUUUUGCGAAAAUUUAUCCACCGAACAUGUAGAUUCCAAUGAAGAUUUCAGCAUCGAUCCCAUGUGUACAAAUUGUCCUGAUUUGGUUCCAAAAGGAUACGAUGUUCAUGAAGAGGCUCUGUGGCUACACUGUGUUCGAUAUUCUGCACCUGGAUGGACUUAUGAAUGCCCAUAUCCGGAUUGGGCAUCACUCAGCUAGUUAUCCUCAUAACAUGUUGUAAUUUUCUGACGUUUUUGUAUUCUUCAUUAUCAUAGCCCCUUUUGAGAAAAAUGUAAUGCCCUGUGCAAUCAAUUUUGUGAAAAGCUGUACACAAAAGCAGUUUUGGUUGGU